AUUUUACAUUUCUCAACCUUAUGGUUAUGGUUUAUUUUUAAUUUUUUUUAAACCUUUGAACUUCUACCAGACCGUGCAAGUUUUUUUAAUCAGACAUCCAGUGUACAUCAACGACUGGCAAARAUGGACAACAAAGAUGACGAACUACCUGACAAAGAUGCAGCCAAAGAAUUUUAUGCCAGAUAUGAACCCAAAGAAAUAUUGGGGAGAGGUGUUAGUUCGACUGUACGACGAUGCGUAGAAAAAGAGACUGGCAUGGAAUUUGCGGCUAAAAUUAUAGACCUGAGUAAUGAUCCCGAAAACAGAGAAGCUACUUUGGAAGAAAUCAACAUAUUAAGAAUGGUUAUUGGACAUGAAUAUAUUAUACAUUUACAUGAUGUAUUCGAGUCGGAGACAUUCAUAUUUUUGGUAUUUGAACUUUGUAGAAAUGGCGAAUUAUUUGAUUAUUUAACUAGUGUUGUUACAUUAACUGAAAAAAAAACUAGGUAUAUAAUGAGACAAUUAUUUGAAGCCUUGCGACAUGUCCACAGACAAGGUGUUGUUCAUAGAGAUAUUAAACCUGAAAAUAUUUUGCUAGACGAUGCACUGGAUAUAAAGCUCACAGAUUUUGGAUUUGCUAGUGUUUUAAAACCUAAUCAAUUACUCAGAGGUGAGUUCAAACAAUUUAUUGCAGUAGGUAAUUUUAAGCUGGGAUGUUCUAUAUUGUCAAAUAACAAGUGGUCUUAUCCUACUACCCACAAAAUGUUUGAUCAGGAUAUUGCACCAUUAAAGAGAACACUAAGCUUAAGUUCAUCAAAAUUCAAUCAAAUUUCAAAACUGGCUAAACAAAUUAAAGUGAGGCCAUUUAAUGCUCGUAAGAAAUUUUUAUAUGCUAUCCUUGUAGUGCGUGUAAUGAUAAGGUUAUUACACUUACUACCCUGUACAACUGGUACAAUUUCUAUAAAAUUGGUUAAACAAGAUCCUUACAGGCAUAAAAUUUUGAGAAAACUUACUGAUGCAAUGGCAUUUAGAGUCUAUGGUCACUGGAUUAAAAAAGGAGAAGGGCAAAAUAGGGCUGCUCUUUUUGAAAACAUACAUAAGACUGAAUUAAAAGUAAUUUACAUGAGUAAUUUAUCACCACCAAUAUAGAUAUUUUAGUAAUGUAAUUAUAAUAUUUAAGAUAGUCAUUAUAGAGGCUGUGUUGUUAAACUAUAUUAUUAACAUAAUCAUUUAAGCAUUAUUUAAAUUAAUGUCUUCCGUUGUGAACUUUUUAUAAGUUUUGUUGUGUUAUUGAUGUUUAACAUUAUAUAUUUAUAAUUAAGUACUAGUUAUUAAUUCUAGUAUAAUUGUUAUUAGUUGGUUGAAUA